AUCAAACAUUUCUUAGUGCCUGUGAAAAUCCUCUGCCUCAGUAGUUAAUAAGAUAAGUGAGGUAUAGUCUCUGUCAUCAAAUUAUGUAGAAAAGCAGAAAUUACUUUAAGGAGGAGAUAAAGAAAAUUCCCGUCUAGUAUCCUAUGAAAGUUCAAGGUCCUCCAGCAUGUUCUUAAACCUUGGUCUUUCUUUUCCAUUUCUUCUGCCUCUCUAAAGUUCUAAAUCUUUGUUAUGACACAUUCUAGAACUUUCAUGACUACAGUACCAUAGUUUGCUUAGAUCUGAUUACUUGAGCUAUAAAAUUCUUUAGUAACCCUCCAUAUAUUUGCCUGCAGGAGCCUGCCUGACACUCCAGUUCAUACUGCUAUGAAACAAUUCUUUCGGUCUUGAUCUGCCUCUGACUGAGAAAUCCAGAUGACACGGAACUCACUGAAGACAAUACUUGGAAAAUGUCAAUUUUCGAAAUAACUUUGGCUGUCAUCCUGACUCUACUGGGACUUGCCAUUCUGGCUAUUUUGUUAGCAAGAUGGACACGACGAAAGCAAAAUGAAACUUAUAUGUCCAGAUACAGUUCAGAACAAAGUACUGGACUUCUGGAUUCUGAGGAUGAUAAAGAUUAUUCCUCUAGAAGAUCUAAAAGAGGAAGAGGAUUCCGACAUUCAUAUUCAACAGAAAGUGAUAUUUCUUAUGGUGAUCAGGGAUCCAAAGGAUACUGCACACCAUCAAACAACUCUCUGGCACUGUCACAAUCAAAUGUAGCUUUACCUCAAGGAUCCGUGAGUCAUACAAAGUGUAUAAGAGCAGCUCAAGAACCUCUGUCUGGUGCUGUGGGACCCAUCAGUGGAAUUAUUGGACCUAUAAUGCAAUUCACAGCACCUGUCCCUGGAGCUACAGGACCAAUCAAGUUAACUCAAAAAACCAUUGUGCAAACUCCAGGACCUAUUGUACAAUAUACUGGAUCCAGUAGUGCUGAACCUUCAGAAAUGAACACGGGUCCAUCUCCAGCGCCCCAUGGUAUGCCUUUAGCACCCCUGAUGAUUUCACAGAGAACAACAA